UCAACAAACAGCUGUUGAAUUCCUAUCAGGCCCCGUUCUAGGUAUUAAGGAUACUAUUAGCAAGCUCAAGUGACUGGCAACUGACUCACCAUUCCCAGGUGACUCUGGUGUGUGCGUGUGUGUGUGAGUGCGUGUGUGCAAGCCCUUCCGUCUGCAAGGGCCUGCUGCUGGGGCACCUGUCUUCCCCAAGGCUUGGUGCUUUUAGCAUCUGUCCCUGGAUCCUGUUGCAGCUCGAAAUAAGGCUGUGAGCCACAGCAAGGCAGGACUGAUUCUUGAUUCUCGUCUGCUGAGGCCAGAGCUGGCUGCAAAGGCGUGCCCUGCUCAGACUGGACGGAGGACCACCAGCACCUACAGGACCACUCAGCUCUCAGCUUCCCGACAGAGGUGUUAAUCUUGAGGGCCUGACAUUCCCUCCUGCACACUGUGGUCCCGCCACUCAGGAUGAUCCCUAAGGAGCAGAAGGGCCCAGUGAUGGCUGCCACAGGCGACCUCGCUGGACCAGCCCCUCUGCUGGACCUGGGCAAGAAGCUGAGCGUGCCCCAGGACUUGAUGAUGGAAGAGCUCUCGCUACGCAACAACAGAGGAUCCCUCCUCUUCCAGAAGAGACAGCGCCGGGUACAGAGAUUCACCUUUGAGUUUGCAGCGAGCCCGAGGAUGAUCGUGGAGGCAAGUGCCAAGGGGAAGGUGUUGGGGUCGAAGGUGACAGGAUCAGCGGAGCUGGGGACGGUUGCCAACGGCCCUAAGGGGCAGAACUGCCGCUCUGAGCUCCACAUCUUCCCAGCCUCAUCCCAGGGCCCCGAGGAUGCCCAGUCCGCAGCUUUCCCCACGGAGCGCGCCUGCAGCCCCAGCACCCUGGCACCAGGCUAUGCCGAGCCACUGAAGGGGGUCCCGCCAGAGAAGUUCAACCACACAGCCAUCCCCAAGGGCUACCGCUGUCCUUGGCAGGAGUUCAUCAGCUACCGGGACUACCAGAGCGAUGGCAGAAGUCACACCCCCAGCCUUGCCCAGUAUCGAAAUUUCAACAAGACCCCGGUGCCCUUUGGAGGACCCCUGGUGGGGGAGACUAUUCCCAGAGCAGGCACCCCCUUCGCCCCGGAGCUCAUCAGUGGCUUGGAACGCCUUCGCUUCAGACCCAGCUUCAACAGAGUGGCGCAAGGCUGGGUCCGCAACCUCCCUGAGUCCGAGGAGCUGUAGCCCCAGCCUGAAAAUUCAAUUCCCCUGUCUUGGUGUCUGGGUAACAUCUUGGAGUCAAGACUUCUGGAUGGCACUUCCCAGUUUAUGAUGGGGCUCUUCACACACAAAACCUUAUCACAAAUGGCCUCCACGGCCACAAAGUUUAGUAGUCCCCAGAUGGGGUGUGUUUCAGAAUUUCCUGGAGAUGAUGAUUUGCGUACAGAUUUCUGGCCUGCCCUAGACUUGCAGCAUUCAAAUCUCCUGAGUUGGGGAAUUUCUAUUAGUAACCACACUCCCAGAUGAUUCCAGUGAAACUUGUUCAUGGUCUGUGUCUUUCGGCAUCCGAGCCACCAGUGAAUUCACAUCCAUGCCUCCCCUCCUUCCUGCCAUGGACACCAGCUUAUACUCCCCCGACAGGCAGCUUGCUAGUGGCUGGUUAACCUAUGGAGAACUCUGAUAAUCAGAAAGAUUUCCUUGCAUUGAGAUGCAGGUCUAAGCAUUUGCUAAGUACGUACUGUGUGCUGGACACCCUGCCAGCCCAGGGGGAGUGUGUGGCGAGUACGCCCAGGCCUGACCUAG